CCAAACACUCAAAAUCAUUUCCCAAAAACCCCAAAGCUUUGUCACACACACUUCUUCUCUUUUAUAAAAUUCGCAUUUCAAUCAGAAAAUUGUUCUUCCCCUUGGAGACGACAAUGCAGAGGUUUUGCACUAAGCUACGUUCCAUUUCUCUCCAAUCUAAUCGGAAUCUCUCUUUUUACGGUGCUUCUCCUCACCGUCUCAUUCACCAUUCUCCUUCUCCGAGUCGUCACUUAACAACAACAACCCUAGGUUUUGCCAAUUCCACCAAAUGGAGCUUCGUUCCCGCCGCCGGAGUUUUUCCGUCGAAUGUUAGCUCCAUGGGCACUACCUUUGUUCCUCAUCACUUUGUUCAAGUACGAAAUAUCACUUCUAAGGAAAAAAUGGCAAAAUGGAAGAAGAAGUGGAGACCUAGGACUCCAAUCACAUCAAAAGUCAAGAAAGUCAAGAUUAAGUUUUAUUCGUCAUUCAAAGACAGGUUUAAACCACUAAAUGAUGGUACCAUCCGUCGCUGGAAAGAAGGCAAGCGCCACAACGCACAUUUGAAGUCAAAGAAAUCGAAGCGUAGAUUGAGACAACCUGGACUAGUACCACCAGCAUAUGCGAAAGUCAUGAAGAAACUCAAUUUCUGCAAUUGAGAGAUAGAGCAUGAAACAGUAUGAUUACGAUGAAAGCCAGUCUCUUCCAGUUUUUACCAGAUAAUUUUGCUCACUGGUACUCAAAAAAUCUUUAUGUUUCAGUUUAACUUCAUUGGAAUAAAUUGAGUUUUCGAAAUAUGGUGAAAUUGGCGUUAAGACUGAUCGGUUUUGAAAAGAGAAACAAGUUAGGCUUAUGAUUUUUUCUCAAGUACAUUUUCCAGCUAAACCAGAAGAAACUUUGUUUCCCGAGUCGGUCCGGUUAUAUGAUAUUUCGGUUUAGUCAGAUUGUACCGGUGUAAACCGAGCUUUGGAUUGAAAAAUACACCCAUUCUCAUGUUUGGUUAGGACAAAACGAUUGCGGUCGAACGAAGCGGCCUUGGUUCCACGUGUGUAUUUCUUGUGGGUCUCAAUUUCAACAAACGUAAAAGACAAAAGAGUAACAAAGCCGUCCACGUGUCCUAUGU